CCUGAAUUUAGUCUUUAUAAGUUUUAAAAUCAAAUGAUAUUAAAUAGUGUUCAAAUAGAGAAUGGGUUUUUAGAAUGGGAUACUUGGUUCAAAGAAACAGAAGAUCAAUGUAUAGAUGAGAAGAUUCAACGACUUAACAACUUAGAAAAUAUUCUAAUAGAAUUGGGAAAAAAACAAAUAGUAGAAAAUAUUGUAUGGGAAAUUGUUCCUCGAAUGUUAUCUUUUCUUAAAAAAGAAUCAACAUUAACUGAAGCUCAAAGAAUUCUUAAAAUUUGUACAGAAAUAGGAAAUGCUAAAGAAUUGUUUCUUAUGUAUAUUGAAGGAUUGCGUUCUAUCAAAAAUGAUAUAAAUCUAAAAAACGAUGAAAGGGUAGCGAAUAUUAAAAGAUAUCAAAAAGAUGGUCAUAUAACUCAAAUUAUAAUACUUUAUAAAUGUCUUGAAACAGUGUUAUUAAAAAUCAAAACAAAACAUUUAUCUAAAUUCAUUUUGGAUUAUUCUCGUACUUUUAUAUCAUCUGUUUCUGUUCUUCACAAAUACAAGGCAAAUGACAAAAAAUUAUACGAUAUUAUUAUUAAAUUUGCAAAACAAAGAGUAGUAGGACUCAGUCAGUUACCUAAUGAUUAUGAAGAAGAAAAAGAUAAACAACGAAAAAUUUUACAUAGUUUUAUAAUUCAAAUUUUUGAACUUUUCUUUAAAGAAAAAAGUAAUCAAUGGAGCUUACGGUAUUAUAGACUAAUCAAUCCAUAUAAAAUAUCAUUUCAAAAAAACGAACAUGAUAUUCAUCUCGAUAGUAUGGUAAACUCUUUAAAAAAUGUUGCUGUUGAUACUAAUUUCGAUUUUACAAUAUCAUGGAAACUAGGGGAAAUUCUUGAAAUAAAAGAUAACUCCAAAGAAUAUCAAUCAUAUAAUUUGUUUUCUAACAAUUCUAUACCAUCAUAUGGUUUUUUAUUUUUACUUGGUGCUUAUGUUUUCGAAGAUCUAUAUGUUAUACAAGAUAAUACAAUUUCUAAAUUUCUUGAUCAUAUGAAGAUGACAAUCAUAUCUUUAAAUCAUGGGCCAAUUACUCUAUCGUUAAUAGAUACAAACUUAUUUUUGGGAUUAUGUAUUUUAAAUAAUUUACAGAAUAUUUCAACAAUUAAUCAAGAAUACUUUUUAGAAUAUACAAAGACUCUUUCUUUAAUUUCAUCAUCAUUAGAAGAUUCUUCAUUAAGAUUUUUAUCAUAUACUUUAAUAUAUCAGAGUUUAAUACGACAUUCAGAAGAUACAACAAUAAUAUAUAUCAACAACAUAUUGGAUACUUCUCCUUUCAAAAAUCUAAAAACUGUAGUAAUUAACAUACUUAAAGAUGAGAUACAAAGACACUGGGAUGUAAAUUAUAAACAUUUUUUAUACAAUAAUUAUAAUAAUUUAGGAUUCUUCGUCACCUUUUAUAUCUUCUGUUUACAAUUCUUUACUUAUAAAAAUAUUUCGUCCAAAUUCAUCCAAUCAGUUUAAUUGUAUUGAAACGUUUCUUCAAAAUUUUAAUUUUAUAAUGCAAGCACUUAACUUGUACAUUUUUUUAUUGAAAAAGCCUGGUGAUGACAAAACAGGUACAAAAUCAAAAAUAAAUAUUUUGCAAACCAAAAAAUACUGGAUUGAUCCUCUCAUGUACAUUACUAUUUAUUCAAUAUCUCAAUUGACUCAGUUAGAAUCAUUAAAUCAUUCUAAAGAAAAAAUCAAUAACGAAAUUUUAAAUAAACUAUUCUUAUUGAAAUAUACACUUGACCAAAUUCAAAAAAUAACAAAACAUUUAUUAAUUUCUAAAAGUACAUAGUAAAAAUACACUAAAAAUACACUACACUAAAAAUACAUAUAGUAGAUAAAAAUACA